AUGUCACUUCUUCAGAAGCCAAAGACAACGUCUCCCGGCCAGCCACAAGCUUUCUUCACCGUGUGGAAGACGUCAACCUCCACGGCCGUCGUGACGAGCACCGCCAUCAACUCUUCCAUCACGAUCUCGGCCUCGGCUUACUGCACCUACGCGGGCUUCACGGGCCCGCUCUUGGCUAAUGUUAUUCGUGGUGAAGUGAAAGAUAUUCUGAAAACCCUUGUUCAGGGCAGGACUUUUGUUUACUGGGUGAUUGCUGCGUUGGUGGUCAGCUGUUCCUGCAAAAGAAGGGGCGUCGACGAUGAUUCACCCCUGCGAGAAAAAUUCCUCAUGGCAACGCAUCUAACCUCAACGGUGACAUCGCUUUCCACGAUGACAUCAGUUAUUCCCUACUUCUGCUUCACCACAAAGGCCACCGCGUGCCAGGGCCGCAGGCUAAGGCACACUCUGCCCAAGAGCAUCGCCCUCUCCAGCGGCGACGACGUGCCCUUCCUUGAGGAUUCAAAAAACACCAAAAAGGAGGCAGACGAGCUCACUGGGUCUCUUCACAGUGAGAAGUACUUCUUCACCAUCCGCACGACCGUCACGAGCACGACGAUUAUUGUGACCACGUCCACCAACCGAGACUUCACCGUGUCCGCUUCGACCUUCUGCACGUACACGGGUUUCACCGGGCCCGUGUGCGGUUAACGGAGUGGCAGAGCUGCGAGUCUGGCUUUUCGGUCUCUCUUGGAUCGGCCUUUUUCCCUCAUAUGUACUCAACCAGGAUAUUUUUACCUUUUAGCAUGUAAAGGCCAUUUUAUUCACAAAGGUUGAAAAAAAAAAUAUAUAUAUUGGGAAACUUUAUUUAUUGUUCCGAUAACUUUGAAGGAAAGCAAUAGACCUUUAUUUGCAUGAUAACGGAAUAUUCUAUAAUCUAGAAUUGUAAAUGUACGACUCCUCUGAAAUAUAUCAAGCUUAUGGCAAGCGUUUAUAACUCCCCAUAUCUCAAAGCCUUUAGUUAGAUACAAGACGUCAUUUGAGUAGUAGUCUCUAUAG